GGUAGAGGGAUGACAGUGAGAGAGAGAGAGAGAUAGAGAGAGAGAGAGAGAGAAAGAGAGAGAGAGGUGUACAAUAGUCUGCCAAUAUGGAUUUAUCUCUUCUGCUCUAAUUCACCGACAGGAUAAGAGCGCAGCUCAAUAUAUCCUUCCCCCCUCUCUCUCUCCGCUCCUGUCCUUUCACUCUCUACCUCUCUCCACCACGCAUACACACGCGCAGCAGCUGUCAGCUCGCAUGCGUCCCUCCUCGCACCAGCGGGUGGCCGCCUGGCUGCUCGCGCUGCCGUUAGGGAGAGGUGGAGAGGAGUGCGCGCGCCGCGGCCGCUUGGAGAUGAUUUCGUUUUGGCUGCUGUGCUGGAAGCUGUUGAGAGCCACAGCUGGUUUAAGGAGGACAACACCUGAGCUAACUGACGGUAACCAAGACAACUGUAGCUCUGGCAACAGUAACCCUGUGGACGAUUCUUCCACUCCCACACAGCCAGCGGAUCCAGUUACCAUGGAGAUCAGCUCAUCACCACCACUAACAGACCUGGAAAGAGACAACUUAUUUAGCUUCCACGGCCAGGAAGUGGAGGAACUCCACUACCCAGAAGUCCAUGGGAUAGAAGAAGCUGCAGAGGGAGAAAAUGGAAAAAGAGAUGGAGAUGAGUGUGACUAUCUUGUUUUUGAGAUAGGAAAAGACAGAGGAGGUGACAGGGAAGAAGGACAAGACACAGAGAGAGGAAAAGAGGAGGGAGAUGAUGGCAGAAGAGGAGAAACAGAGGGAGAGGAUGAAGGGAGAAGAGAGAUAGAGGGAGAAGAAGAAGGGAGAGGAGAAACUGAAGGACAAGUUGAAGAAAGAGAAAUAAAGAUAGAAGACAAAGAUAGAGGAAAAGUAGAGGGAGAAGAUGGAAGUAAAAGAGAAACAGAGAGCGAAGACUGGGGGAGGAGAGAAAUAGAGGGAGAAGAUGAAGGGAGGGAAAAGAUGCAGGGAGAAGAUGAAGGGAGGGAAAAGAUACAGGGAGAAGAUGAAGGGAGGGAAAAGAUACAGGGAGAAGAUGAAGGGAGGGAAAAGAUACAGGGAGAAGAUGGAGAAAAUGGAGAAGCAGAGGGAGAGAUGAAAGCAGAUGCUCUAUCAGAGCUGCUCUUCAUCUCUAACAGUCCACUGUGUCCUUCAUCAUCAGAGCCUCUGAUCAUUACCUCAGAGCCUUCAGAGCAGCCAGCAGCGGCCUUGUUGCAGGACGCCUGGGGUCACGACCCCGGCAACAGAGAUGACCUCAGCGAUGGUCACCUUAGCGACUGCCUCCAGGCUGAGCUGGCUAUUGUGUACUCUGACAGUGAUGCAGGAGAAGAGCAGUGGGCAGCUUUUGUACCCUCUGAUGUCACCAACCAGGAGGAUGCAGGCUGCAUAUGUGAUGGAGAGAGCAAGAAAGAGGAGAGGGGAGAGGAUGAGGAGGGGCGAGAGGAAGAGGAUAAGGCAGAGGUAGAGAGUGCAACAGAGGAGCAGAGGGAGGAAGAAACAGAGGAGGAGGAGAGGAGGGGAGUUGGGGAUGAUGAUGAAGAACAGAUGAGGUCAAGGAGGGAUCAGUUCCUGCGGUCUCCUUCAGCCAGCUCCACAGCCAGCUCCACAGACCCCGACCGGAGGCUCCCUGUAGAUUUCUGUGUGCACCAGGAGACACACAGUGAGAACGUCUCCACGGAGCAUGUGGACUUUCUGUUGGCUCGCCAGCAGUGGAAAAAGAUGGAGGAGGAGGUCAAAGGUCGGGCCAUCCCCAAACCGGGGCUCAGAGCUCAGGGGAGCUUCCAGGGCACUCACACCUCACUGUAUCCCCCGACCCGCAGCCCCCGACUCAAACACAGGGAGAUUCAUCCACCCGUGCCCAGGGAGCCUCCCCUGUCCUCCACCGUGUCCCCCAGUUCGGAGGACUCAGGUCUGGAUGACUCAUCUUACCGCAGCCCCCUGGAGGAGCCAGAGACCGCUGUGGAGAGAGAGAUCCGACUGACUCUGGAGAGAGAGGAAAGGCACCGCAGGGAGAGGGGGCUGAUUGCACAGGGCCUGACUAUACCCAGACCAUCCACCCUGCAGACGGGACGAUCUCCACCCCGACCUCCUGCCUGCCGCACUCCUACUCUGUCCAUCUCUCCUUCCCCUUCCUGCUCCUCUUCCCUUCCCCGAUCCGUCUACCAUGAAAUGACCGCCAACAACGUCAUCAUCCUGGAGCCCGACUCCUCCGGCUCUGCCUCUAGGAACCGCCUACUCUCCUCUGCAAUCGGAGGUCUCUCCGAUUGGCCGACGAGCCUGGACGUGGUGCCCUCCGCCAAUGUCAUUGUAGUAGAAACCUCCAACCUGAUCAUUCGCAGUGCUUCCGAGUUCUGCCUGAGCUCUGCCCCCGUGGCCAUGGAAACACAGGAGAGCACUUUCUCGUCCAAUCCGUUUUUUAAGCUGCGCUCCCUCAGCAGCCAGUCGCUUGUGGAGCAGGAGAUCAGGAUGGUGAGGCAGAGGGAGGAAGAGUGGAGGAGGCAGAGGGAGGAGAUGUGGAGGAGGAGAAGAGAGGAGGAGUGGAGGAGAGGGAGAGAGAGGUACGAUACAGUGCUGGUGUCUCCAGGCCUGAAUGAUAGCAUCAGUUACAACGUGCCAGAGGUUUCAGACAGAUGUGUCUCCUCGCCUUCGUCCCCCUCCAGAACCCGCAAAAUGGAACGAUCCAGUUUGUCUUGUGACCACAAGUUCCCCCCUUCCCUUUCUUCGGUGCCUCAACGACAGAACGCCAUGGCGCAACGAUGGGAGGCCUCCCUAUUAGCCAAUCAGAAGAAGGAUUGAGCAACGACAGCCAUUUAAAAGCCAAAAUGAAGUCCCAUACCUUUGUUUAUUCUUUACUUUGUCCUUAAAAACUCACACAUUCCUGUCUGUCAGCAGCAGAAGUCUCCUGCAGUGUCUGUCCAAACUGUGAGUUAGAGCCAGUGGGUCUAUGAGUCUGUUUUCUGUGGGACGCCACAUUAGAAGAGAACAGGGCUGCUUCUUUCAGUAAGCUUGGUUUCACAGAUUAAGAUCAUUUACCUAGUUUGGCUGGAAAAGUUGACAAAUCCUGUUUUCAAACUGUUUUUAUGCAUGCUGUCUGAAAGAGUAUGACUGUAUGACGCAAUGGAACUGUUUAAACAUUUUCCUAAUAUAUAUUAACUUCUGUGGACUUCUGAGGCACUUUCCUGGGAGGUGUACAACAAUAAUAAUUGCGUAUAAAAUUGCAACCACAAUAAUACCACAGUUUUUGACAUGUGAGCCAAUAUUUUAUGUAAAAUCAGGAAGCACAUGUCAAAAUCUGCUGUAUUCUUUAAUAUUUAAUAUUUAAUAUUUACAGCACUUUGUUAGCUAGAUGUUAAUAACUUAUGGCACUAUUGAUAUUAAUUGAUUUUUGUAAUAAUGAUUGACUGUGAUGCAGUGAUUUUCAAACCUUUUCUGGGCAGUCGCAUUUUAUUUUCAGAUUUUAAUAUAUUUUAAAGUGACUACUUUAAAAGCAUAUGUGUAUUUUGAAAUACUAGCUAUGCAUUACAGAGAUUUGAGAAGGUAAAUGCAAAAAUAAUUUAGCAUGUUGUGUUCAAAUGACAAUUUGUGUAUUUUAAAGGGGCCAACCCAGACUUUGAAAAUCACUGCCGUAGUGAAAUGUUAUAAUGAGCCAUUCAUCAGAGGAGUUUGGAUGUCCAGCUUUUCUGUCUCAGCCAUGUUGGCUAAACAGCGCUAUCUGCUAACUGAACAUCAUUUGGGUCACAGUUGCACAUACUAACUUUUGCCUCUUCUUUGGUUGGUUGUAACCCAAGUAGAGUUCAGUUUUGUGGGCUUCUUAUCAACAAGUGGAAAGAACAAAUAACUAUUUCAAAUAUUUUGAAAAUGUUUCAAUCUCAAAGCUGCACGCAAUCCUCGUUUCCUUUACUCUCUCCUUGGAAUAUAAGGCAUACAGCACGCAGCGUGGACUUUUUUGACAAAAGCUGUUGAUGUUCUACACAAAACCAACAAUGGCACAAGUUGAACCAUAGCCCACUUUUAAAUCAAUAACUUUCAUCAGCUAGGAACUUAAUAUAACAUUAGUUUUGGUCAACUCUGUUUUCUGCUCUCCAUCAUACUAUUGUAACAGCAAGCAGAAGUACUCAUUUGUCAAGGCAGCAAUCAUUAGCUUGUGAAGAAAUAUGUCACCACUGCUGGUGACAGAAAUUGCAAAAAAAAAAGAAUCCACUGUGGAUACCAGAGAAAAUAUGGCCUGUGUUUUCAGACUGAAUGCAAAGGGAAUGGGGUCAUAUUCACUCUCAGCACAAUCAGUUGUUGCUAGCUAGCUUCCAGCUAACAUAUAUAGUUAACUAGCUUCCAGCUAGACUGACUUAUUGGAUGUUUUAAAAUCCUACGGGAAAUGUCAACCUCGAAACUAACAACCUGAUGCUGAAAAUGGCAAGUUUUAAAGAGGAUUUCUAUUGUGCAAUCACACAGUUGACAUAUAUCUUUGCUGUUUUUUGUAGCGUUAUCUCUGCAGGGCAUUAGCUAUUUAAAUGACGUUCCGUAAUGAAGGUCCCUCCGACACCGUUUUACAGGAGUACCGUUGCCGCAUCCUCGACUCAACACUGCCCAAGACAAUUGUGAUUGACUUAAAGAAAUGCAAACAAGCCAAAGCGUAUUUCCCCAUAUAGCCUCUAACACAGAUAAUGGGUGAAGUCAGACCUUGCUCCAGCACUGACACAGCGCUGUGGAGAAAAGUCUGCCUACACCAGACUAGCAUCCAGCUACUGUACAUAGCUAGCUAGCUUUGUGCUAACGUCCCAAUUGCUAGCUACCUUCCAGCUAAUGUCUAUGUUCGCUGUUUGGGUCGAAUAAACAGACCAUAAAAACAUCACAGCUGUCAAACGAAUAAACUUGAGGCAAAAAUCCACAUUCAGUCUGAAUACCUUUAAAAACAGACACCAUGGUGGUUUUAUGGAUGUUAUUACAACAUUUACAGCCAGAAUGUUUUAGUUUUCUGUGUAUUAGCAUGGUGCAUAUAGUCGAGUCCAGACACUUUUUUAAAUCUCUAUAGACUCUAUCUAUCUGUGGCUCUGCUGUUAUAGCAAAAAACUUGAGCACUCCUGAACGAAUCAGAUAUUCUAACCCUAAUGUCAAGUGAAGAUUUUUACAUAUUUUUAUGUCCUGUCUUGAUUCCUAGAAAGAGAUGUAUUGUAUUUUUGCUGCCUAUAUUUAUGAAUUGAGCAGUGCUUAUAAAUCUUAAAGUUUUUAUUUGUAAAAGGUUUCUAAUAUAUAUAUCGUGUCACCAUGACUAUUUGACAUUGGAAGUCUGCCAUGUUUUCUAGGAGACGGCUUUUGUGUGCAUGUGUGUGCAUGUGUGUGUGAGUGUAUGCUAACCCAUCCUUCAUUCCUCAGUUAGUCAGGGCUCACUAUAGUUUGGCUUCUAGCUCCAGCACGAGCUCACUCACUGGUUUACCCUGUAAACUACACGCAGUUCAGCUGUGGAAUAAAGGUGCGUUCAAGUCAACUCAGAAAGGGGAUAUUAAUUGUCGUGGUGAAAUCAAACCAUGUUAAUGGCAGCAGUUUCAGUUUAGCAUCACAUUUGUAUUUGCAUUUUGUAUUACAGUAUAAAGUAAACUACAGAGGAUCAAACUGAAUUAGCUAAAUUGAGUGGCUUUCUUUAUCCUGACUGUGUGGUGUAGGUAUAUUGCCGGUGUUGUGUAGAAGACAGUUUCCUAUCAGUUAAUGUUUCCCCUUACCUGAACUGAACCCAAAUAAAGUAAUAAAGUAUUUGAAAUAUUAAUAUGUAAUUCCUCACCAAGUCUGAUGUUAGCACAAAACCAGGCAGAUGGUUAAAUGAUUGUGUCUUUGUUGCUUUGCUUCUCGCGCAACAAAAAUAUAAUUUAAUGAGAUGGACAAACCUCCAUAAAAAAUGAUGAUGCAAGAUCAAAGGUGAAGCAAUAGCAUGAGUUUGUGAUUGUUUGUCAAACUACCUUGUCCGCAUCUUAUUUGAUAAAAUAGCCUAUCAGUCAUUACCACAGGCUGAGGUCAGCCAUUAUAGCAAAGCUAUAGAAGUGAAUGACAGGAGCAGGAGAGAGUCCUCAUUGCUCUUUAGUAGAUUUACAUUCAGUGGCAUCAAACAUGUUCUGUGGAUGCUGCAGCUUGGACCCUCGCUUCCCAGAUGCAUGAAGAGAAAGAAGCUUAAAAUGUCAUCUCAUACGUUUAUUGUUUCUCUGCAAAAUCGACAGCUGGUAGCUUGAUUUGGCGAACUCAACUUUCUAUACCCUCACAUUAGCUUGAGUUAAUUUUUUUUUGUUGCACAUAAUGGUUAGUGUCCCCUAUGUCUGCUAUCUCAUGCAUAGAAGGGAUCAGUCCAGGGCCAGUGUUCUAUGUGGCAUGUGAGUAUUGUAUUAAGCUAGAUUUGAAAAAAUCGGAACCCUUUAAAGUUGUGAUGUAUCAGACUCUGAGAUGUGUUGAAUACACAGUGAUGACUGCCCUGUUCUGAGAUCAGCAUGACAUGAUGUUGCUGUGGUAGAUAAACUGUACGAUAACACACCACUGUAUGCUCAGUGUUCGCCCUGUGAUUUCAUUGCAGUUGGGGUCUUGUAUUCAUAUCCAUACCUUGUCUGAGUUCAGCUUUAGCUUCAGUGCAGUUUAUGCCAUCAACUAUUUAAUAUACGGCGCAUUAGUUUUAGUUUUGAGGAGACAGUGUAUUUUGUCAUAAUCUUCUGAUUCUCUCCUGUCAGGUAUUUGACACUACACACUAUCUGCUAGGAUUUUCUGUAUGGACUCAUAUAAACAGCUGUCCUGACUAUUAAAGCAUUUCCUCACUAGUGUCAUUAAUUCUCGUUCUGUUUUCUGACCUUAUUUGCCUUUGAGUUUAUCAUUUAUUUAUUUAUUUAUUUAUUUAUUUGUUAUUGCCAAAUUAAAGGUCUUGUGGUGACAUCUUCAAUAAAGCGUGUGACUCCUGAAA